AUGGCUAUGGAUGUCAUGAGUGAUAAUCAAGUUGGGUUUCUCAUGUUUUUGACAUAUGAUUUUUGUCAUCUAUGUACUCUCUUUCCAUGCCUUGAUCUUACAUAUGUUAAUGAUAAGUACACGGGAUUUCCAACCAAAUCAAUCUGGGAUGCAUGGGCUUCAUUGAAGGGAAACAAAAGCAUGUUGCAUGCGCAUCACAACAUAAGUGAUACAAAGAUCUGGGUAGCUACAAAUCCUCGAGGAGCUGAAAGGCUUCCUCCUGGUAUAAUCAAACCUCAGUCAGAUUUCUUUCUUCGUCGAUUAUGGGGCCAACCCAGUGAGGACCUAAUUGUCAAGCCAAAGUAUCUUGUAACCUUCACUGUUGGAUAUAAUCAAAGAUACAACAUUAAUGCUGCAGUGCAAAAGUUCUCUUCAAACUUCACAAUUGUAUUGUUUCACUAUGAUGGGCGGGCUAGUGAGUGGGAUGAAUUUGAAUGGGCAAAGAGAGCUGUCCAUAUCUCUGCAAUCAAGCAAACUAAAUGGUGGUACGCAAAACGUUUUUUGCAUCCUCACAUCGUGGCUCCUUAUGAAUAUAUCUUUAUUUGGGAUGAGGACUUAGGUUUGGAACAUUUUGAUGCAGAGGAGUACUUAAAAAUGGUUAAGAAACAUAACUUGGAGAUAUCACAGCCCGGUCUAGAUCCAAUUAGUAGUUUUACAUGGCAGAUGACAAAGAAAAAGGAUGAAGGUGAAGUCCACAAGAUGGUUGAUGAUGGCGGGUGGUGGCAAUGUAGUGAUCCACAUUUGCCACCUUGUGCUGGUACUUAUUAUCUAUUAUUCUCCGUGUAUUAUGUGCCGCAGAAUGAUCUAAUUCAUGGAUGGGGCCUUGAUUUUGCUCUAAGACGAUGCGUUAAGAUUCCUCAUGAGAAUAUUGGAGUUGUUGAUACUCAGUGGAUUGUCCAUCAAAGUGUUCCAUCUCUAGGGAACCAGGGGCACGCAGAAGAUGGUAGAGCACCAUGGGAAGGGGUGAGAGAAAGGUGUCAUAAAGAAUGGACAUUGUUUCAAGAUCGUAUGGCUAAUGCAGAGAGAGAUUAUUUUCAGGCAAUGGGAAUUAUUCCACGGAACACGACAGGUAGUUAGGGACAUAGGGGAUGACUGUGCAAAAGAAAAGUAGCUUCGAAAAUUACAAUAUUACAUAGAACUAGAAGUCACGUUUUUAUUCCAUUCUUUUUAUUAAAUACCUUUUUACGAGACAUAAUUCCUGCAUGCUCCAUAGAUGUGUGACUGCGUUCUUUCAUGUAAAUAGGACGCAACAUUUUGGUAUACAUUCGGGCUUUUCAAGACUUCGUUUA